AUGGCCAACAACCGCCCAUCUCUCAUCCAUUCCGUCCCCUCCCCGGGCUCACAGGGCUUCUCCUCCUCAUUCCCGCCCUCCUCCACCUCCCUCUCGGCCCACUUCCACAACCCCACCACGUCCAACCCGCCCUCCCCAGACCCAACAUCACCGUUAUUACAAACGGGGCGGCGCGGAAAGCCGCGGGGCAUGACCUUUGAAGAGGCGCACCGGGGCGGUAUCAUCAGUGACUUUCAGGGGAGUCUUCUGUUUGAGACAAUACCUAUAGAAGACGGGGAUAUCAAGAAACUGCCUAGGAAGCUGCGGCCGUACUAUGAAAAGCUCGCGCUUCUCCACGCCCAUUAUACCGAAGUAGACGCCAUCUUAUCUGGAUCUAUAACGCACAACAUUGCGCUUUCAUUCGCACCUACCUCUCGGACGUAUAUCCAGAGACUGGGUGAUUUGGAAGAAGAAGUCGCUAGCCCGGGGCUGUUGAGAAGGGAUAGUUAUUGGAGGGCGAAUGGGCAUCGUGACAGCGAUGAGCAGGGAGGAGAGGCUGGGGAAAGGACGGGGUUGUUGGAGAGGGAUGAGAUGCAGAAAAAGCUCGAACGGCGGGAACGGAUAGCCAAGCUGGCUUUGCACAUCAAUACGAUAGUCAAUGUCCUUCUUGUGGCAUUCAAAGCCGUCGCCGUGCUCUACUCUGCCUCCAUCUCUCUCACCGCCUCCCUCGUCGACUCUGCGCUCGACUUGCUGAGUACGGUCAUCAUUUUGGGUACCAGCUUGGCUAUGGGUGCUGGGGGAGAUACUCACAAGUAUCCAGCGGGGAAGAGGCGCUUUGAGCCUCUGGGUGUAUUGAUCUUUUCAGUCGCAAUGAUUGCUUCGUUCGUGCAAGUCUUCAUCGAGUCUUUCCAGCGGGCCACCCGCCCAGGGGAAGGAGAGGAAAUCGACCUCGGUCCUCUUGGUCUUGGAACGAUGCUUGCGACUAUCGGCAUCAAAUCCAUCCUCUGGGUAUGGUGCUCCAAAAUUCCUUCCUCCGGUGUUCAAGCCCUCGCACAAGAUGCAGAGAACGACGUCUUUUUCAACAUCAUGUCCCUUGCUUUCCCCUGGAUAGGAAGUGUACUGAAAUGGAGGUUGUUGGAUCCGAUUGGAGGUAUGGUGUUGUCGACGUACAUCAUCGUAGAAUGGAUCAAAACUCUGCACGGAAACUUUGCCAACCUAUCCGGCAAAGCCGCCCCCUCCGACCAAAUCACCCGCGUCCUCUACCUCGUCUCCCGCUUCAACCCCGUCCUCGAAAUCGCCGACGUCGAAUGCUACCACAUCGGGGACGACCUCAUCGUCGAAGUCGACGUCAUCUUGCCCCGAAGUAGUACGUUGCGGUAUGCGCAUGAUGUGGGGGAGACGGUGCAGUGUGUUUUGGAGAGUUUGGAUGGGGUUAUAAGGGCGUAUGUGCACUGUGAUUAUUCUUCUGCUAAUCCGUCACAACAUACUGCCCGAACACCACAAGCCCACCCCAUCACCCGCUUCUCCUCACCCUCCUCUUCCUCCGACUCUGGCUCGGCCACACCCAAAGCCGGGCAAUAUCUCUCGCAAAGCGGGCUUUCGAAAAUGUCGGGCGGAGGGGAGGGGAAUGGGUAUGGGUAUGGGGCGGUGCAUGAGGACCCGAUAGAGGAGGCGAGAUGA